CAUCUACCGUCUGGAGCAGGAGAUGGUAGCGGUGCUUCUUUAUCUUCCUUUCAAAAAAAUGAUAAUGAAAAAUAUGAAAAAAAAUUGAAUGAGAGAAUUAUUUAAUAGGUAAAUUCUUUUGUAUAAUAUUUUGUUCUAAAAUUUGAAUAAACAAUUGAUUUUACAUAAUGAAUCCUGCUGAUCCCGUUGCAGUCGAUAAUAGCUGGAGAACUCCUGCUUUUAGAAGUAAUGUCACACAGAAAAUUGAAGAGACAAUCCGAAAAUCCGGCAUGCCAACCAGUAAAACAAGCGGCGAAUUGGAAAAUCACGUAUACCAAAAAGCGAAAACCAAGGAUGAAUAUUUGUCUUUCGUCGCUAGAAUAAUACUGCACGUCAGGGAAAUGAAUAAGACGAAUCAACCACAGCAGACUGUAACACCACCGACGAAGAAUUCUAUGAAUGUAACACAAGCAAUGGCUCAACAAGACGGAAAUAAUCAAAUGACGCAUUUCUUUGUGCAACAGGGUAAUGAACAAAUCCAUGCUCCUGGUUAUGGGUAUACAAAUGGUUUCCUUAUUCCUGCAAAUAACGCAAUGAAUCCUGUGGAAGAUGAAAUUACUAGUGUAGAUCCUACUUGUAGAAGUGAUAUGGUACAAAAAAUCGGAAAUGCAAUCCAAAUGUUCGGCAUGCCACCUUAUACUACUCCCGGCGAAAUGGAAAAUCAUCUUUACCAAAAAGCGAAAACCAGGGAUGAAUAUUUGAGUUCCAUUGACAGAAUGGUAUCAUUCUUCAAGGAUAUGAGCAUGAAAUGACCGUGUAAUUUCUUGUAGAAAGAUCGAAAUGAAAGAGUCGAAUUGUUGGUUAAACACAAAAAAUCUCCAAGUGGCUGCUACUGCUAAUUAAAUUGAUACAUUGAUCAAUUUUCACUGGACCUAGACAAAUGAUCGCUUACAUCUUCAUAUAAAUGAGCCAAGCGGGAAAUUCUUUGGUGUUUGAAUUAAGUAAUAUGUAUAGCAUAUAAAUUUUUUAUAUUUUAUUUUAUUCGUUCAUUAAACUAGUAAGACAGAAAUUUGGCGAAAUUAUUGCAAAGAUAUUGUGUUCGACUUCGUAUUAUUUAUAGGUAUUUUACUCGUAUAUGCGUAGUCGUUCAAGUGGGUAAAGUGAGUUCCCAUUUGUUGAAAAUAUUGUAAUGAAUGUUCUAUAAGUACCUACGUAUGAUAACCGAUUGCUACUAUUAUUAUUAUAUCUAUUUUCUACAUAUAUCAUUCUAAUCUUGGAUUAUUUAGGUAGGUUUAUAUACUUUUUUAUACGAUGUAUUUGUAAUUCAUCCACUUUGUAAUUGUGCAAUAAGAAUUUUCUAAUAUUGA